UCGAGACCCAAAUCAACGCUCCAAAUAGAAGAAGAGCCCCGCCAGCCCGAUCCGCGUCGACGACAUGGAUCCGACUGGCCCGCCGUCGCCGGCGCCGUCUCGGCACGACCCCUACAACCUCCAGGAGCUGGCCAGCCACAACGCGGCCACGUCGUACCCGCGAGACAUGGUCGACCUGCAGCGCGACAUGAUCUCGCUGCCCCCCUCGCGGUACUCGACGCCGCCCAUCCAGUCCCGCCCCGGCGCGUUUGGAACUCCGGCCACGGCGCCGUCUUCGGGCUACGGCAACCGGCCCGGCCAGCAGGACCCGAGCCCCUACGGGCCCCUCCCCGACGAGAUUCAGGAGAUGCAGUCUCGUGAUCAACCCCGGACGCAGCCGUAUGGCACCCCGGCCACGUCGCCCCCGACGCCCAAGCGCCGCAGCACGCGGGUGGCCGCCAGCAGACACAGGCUCCCGGCGGGCGACGACUCGUCCGGGCGCGGCUCGCCCGAGCCCGAGUCGCCGCGCAGGAGGAAGGCCCCCAAGUCCAGGGACAGGCCGGCCGGCGACCUGUCCGUCACCAGGCCCCUGAGCGAGCUGGCGGUGGAGAUGGGCAUCGAGGUCGAGGACAUGCACGCGUACGUGACCCGGUCCACCGAGGAGCGGCACCAGGAGAUCGACCGCACGGGCACCAAGGAUCGGGGCCGGAUCAAGCGCCCCAUGAACUCCUUCAUGCUAUACCGCAAGGCGUACCAGCUCAUGACCAAGAAGUACUGCGGCCAGGACAACCACCAGGUCGUCUCGCGCGUCUGCGGCGACAGCUGGCGCCACCUCGAGUCGGACGCGUUCAAGGCCGGGUUCGAGCGGCUGGCCAAGCUCGACCGCGCCGGCCACAAGGCGGCCUGGCCCAACUACAAGUUCCAGCCGGCCAAGCCGCGGGGCAAGAAGGGCAAGGACGCCGACGAGGACGACGACCCCACCUGGACCUUCAAGCGCGUCCACCGGGAGGAAGACCCGGCCUUUCAGGAGGUCUUUGGCGGGUACAUGAGCCGCGAGCACACGCCCUCCAUGAUGGGCAUGUCCGACAUGCCCUCGCGCCACACCUCGCCGCCCGCGCCGCAGUACAGCAGGCAGUACCAAGCCCAGAGGUACAUGUCCAGCUCGCCGUACCCCCAGCCGCUGGGCCUCCACGCCACCGCCGCGUCCGACUUCGACUUCAACGCCGGCCCCGGGGGCCUGUCGUCGAUCCGCGGGUACGCGGGGAGGGGCGAGCAGCAGCCGCACAUGCACGCGGGCCAGGGCGCCCACAUGGGCCUGACCUACGAUGGCCUCCCCACCCGCCACAGCCCGGCGCCGGCGCACGACGAGGGGUUGAUGUACUCGCCGAGCGACCUCCUCCCGGAUGGCGCGGGCAACUUCCACGCCGCCGCGCCUUACCGGCAGCAGCAGCAGCAGCAGCAGCAGUACGGCCAGCAGCACUACUCGCAGCACCACCAGCCGCGCCACCACCAGCCGCAGCAGUUCUACGGCGGCCAGGGCCACCACCACGCCCUCGCCGGCCGCCAGGCCUCGGAGCCCCCGCUGGUGGACCCGAGCCUCCUGGCCCCGUCGGCGGCGGACGCGACUUUGGCGCCUUCCGGCUACGCGCCCUCGUCGUUCGACGCUAGGGGCAAGGCCGAGCCGCACGCCGUGGCGCCCGAGCUCGACGCGCUGGGCGGCCUCAACGAGACGCUGAUGGGCGGCGGUGGCGCCCACGGGUUCGACGAGUGGGAGAUCAACGACUGGCCCGUCGAGGGCGGCCACUAGACCCCAAGCUGAAGAAUGCCAGUCGCCGGAUGCGGCCACACUCUAGGCGGUCCUUUGACCCGCCAAGGCCGCCGAACCCGGCGCGAGGGAGGCGGACCCGCAUACUAUCCGACCCUCGUUC